CUGUAAAUAGAACAGUCUUAGUAAAAUACCCAAAAGCGUUUCACGUGCUAGAUAACUUAUAAAUGCAAGUCGAAAUACAAAGAAGAUGCAGUUAAUUGAAAGUACCACGAUAUCUACGUUGUUCAAAAGCGUGAAGUUGAAAGUCAAAGUAUAUUAUUCUCUUCUUGCGAGAUGGCUCUAACAUGCAACGCGGGAUACAAUAAAAUAAAACAAUUCAAUGCAACUACAACGAAAGAAGACGUGAUAAAUGCUUACGCAGAAUGGGGACCAAGCUAUGACAAUAUUCUCAGAGAUAUUGCAUACAUCGGACCGUCAGUUGGUGCUAAACUGCUCGAUCAAAAACUGAAGGAAUUCAGCUACAAAAAUGACGUUGAAAUAUUUGAUCUUGGCUGCGGUACAGGAUUAGUGGGGGAACAGCUCUACAAAAGGGGAUAUAAAAAUAUUGACGGAAUGGACCUCAGCGAACACAUGCUUCAAGUUUGCAAAGAUAAAGGAGUUUACAGAUCACUUCAUAAAGGCAGUAUGGGAUCAGAAAACUCGACCGACUUAGGCGUACCUGCUGACAAAUAUGAUGCCGUAAUAUGUGUUGGUGUCUUUACAGCAGGUCAUGUGAAGGGAAAAGGGCUCGAUGAUUUCAUUUAUUCUGUCAAGAAAGGUGGUCUGAUUGUAUUUAACAUAAAUGAUAAUGUGUCAAAUGAUCCUCAUUACGAAUUUGAUAAAAAGAUGAACGAAUUAACAAAGCACAGAAAAUGGGAGCAGUUAUUUAAAUAUUAUGAACCAAAGUAUGUCAGCGAUCGUGGCGCAAACUUUUAUGUUUAUCGAAAAUUGUAAGCUUGUUUCAAACACAUGUAUAUUAUUGACCGUAUUAGAUAGUGGUAAAAUGGUUGUUAAAUAAUAAUUGAACAAAAGCUAAAAAAGCUAAUAAUUAAUAGUUAACAAUAAAAAGGCGCGAUGCAUGGAUAGAUGAUAUUAUUGAACGGAGUCAUGGAAGGAAUAUUAUCAUUUGCAUUUUCAUUUGUUUAAUUCAACGAUAAGUUAAGACAAAAACUUCGUUAGAUAUUUAUAUUACUCACCUAUGAAUACUACAAUGCAAAUAUAUUUUAUUGACGGUACGAAUUAAAAUCUGAUUUGAUAUGCAACCAUA